AUGGUGUUUACAAGACAGAGCUAUAAAGAGCUGGGAAUUCCCCUCAUCAAAGCGGCUGAACCCUCUACAAGAGGAAGGCAGGUGAAAAUCUCACAAUAUUUUAAACCGAAAACAGACAAAAUAAAUAAUGCUGACAAACAACACCCCCACGAAUGGUCCAUAGACCGCACCAGGUACGGGGAGCUAAUGGAAACAAACGAAGAAGGGGUGGGAGUCAAUCUGGCAACGGAAAUAAAACAAGUUACCAUAGAAGAUGAAACCUCAGUGAAUCAACCGGGGCUGGAGCAGGAACAAGAGUCACAAGAGGAAAACCCAGUAAUUAAGACAGAUGAGCCCUCCCAGGGACCAGGGCCCGGGGAGAAGAUGGGGUUUCACAUUGUGACGAAUGGGGACCUGGAGGACACAAGAGCCCAAUAUCUGGACUUGGAAUGCCUCCCCUACAUACUAACAGGGCUAUAUAAUGAUCUGUUAAAUGAACAGAAGUUGCAGAUAGGCAGAGAACUGGGACACAUCAAAGACUUCCUCUCAGAAUGCUUGGGCCUACUUACCACUUUGACUGAAAUAACUAGGAGAAUAGACAACUUGCAUUCAUAUAAAAUUCUCUCUAGCACACCAAACGAUAACACCAGUAAGGAAAAUAAAACCCGACAUAAUGUGGAAAAAAGGAAAACAUCUAGGACCAAAGCAAACCAGAAGGGAAACUUAAUUGACCCUAAGAAACCCCUCUUAAAGGGAAGUGCCCCAGGAAUAAAGAGAAGAAGCCCAAGAACGUAAAAAUGGGAAGGAAGACAAAGCUCCCAUCUCGAACAAAGAAAAUGAACCUCACAAGACUAUUUAAGCUAUUAGAAAAUUCAAAUCCAACGAACCCAGCUAACCCAGUCCUGCCACCCCUUGAUAAAAGCCGAAGCCCAAGCCCAAAUAAAAAUCUCCAUAAGGCUGGGCUUUUCAAUUCAACAGAGGAACUCCAUAAGGCUAGGCUUCAUAAUUCAACAGAGCAACUAGCGCUCCUGAACGGAACCGCGGGAAAAUCAAGAGAAAACCCGAUCCCCAAGCAAGAAACUACUCCUAAAACAACAUACUCUCGCAGAAAUCUAAUUCUAAAUAAACAAAAACUCAUCAUCCUACCUGUAUACAUGCACAAAGAUCUCCUUUCUCCAGCACAACAGAGAAUUUAUAUUCUCAAGAAAACUGAAUUAGCCGUUAGAGGGUUCGUCCCAGCAGAAAACAUCAUUAAUGUUAAAUUUCUGCCAUCAGACAAGGACCUAAACAGAGUUGUGGUAACAUUCAGAGACUGGCACACAACCAAACUAGUUUCAGACAAUAAGGACAAGCUACAAAGGGUUGGAUUGCAGGUGACUCGCCUAUUCGAAGUGUCCGGUACUCCCACUCCUCUCAUCGAAACAAUCAAGACUGAUAAGAUAAAAACAAAGCCGACAAUGUCUAUGACGGACGAGAACUGUAAGAUGCUUCAACUAGAGGCAGACAAAGCCCCAAACCAGCUGGCUAAAAGACCAAAAACCCUAUCCCCAAAUCACGUACCAGAUGAAAGCUCCAACAUAGAGAAGGAAAACCGCUUCAUAGCAAGUAUUGAACAAAUACAUAAAGCUCAGGACGCACUAAUUGAAAGAUUAGCAUCCAUAAGGAAAUCUAUUACACUCCUAGCCACACCCGUCACCAGGGAAUUUAACUAUGCAACCUAUACCACAAAACCUUUAUCCAACAGUGAGUGGAUACUAAGGCUAUUCCUAUUGCCAGAGGAACUCGGACCUACGGAACCACCUAUAACAAAGAAAACAAUAACACAUCAAGCUGAAAUAGCGGUACCACCAGGCAAGAACGGUUCAAUCUUUGUGGACAACCUAGGAGCCCUAGACACCAUUCACACGGACUGAAAUAAGGUCACGGGGAAAGAACGCCCCUCCGGGAUACUAAAAUGUGUCCAAGUUCACACCGUGCCAAAAUGUCCCACUACACACCCCAAAAUGGACAUAAUGAAUGAUAAAUCCCAAAUUGGCUAUAAACCUAAGCUUGAUUGUCCCUUGAGAUGUCUCACAACCAAAAAUCACAAGCUGACCACCUGUACGUGGAACAUCGCAGGGUGGGGAGCUAAAAGCAAAGAUCCCAAUCUAAUGGACUUCCUCACUAAAUUUGACAUCCUGUUCAUCCAGGAAACCUGGUCGAUAGACGAGCUCUACCUGGAUAAUUACCACUCGUGUAUUAAAAGAGCAACACCUAGUCAAAGAGGGGGCAGACCCAAAGGAGGCUUAGCCUUACUGUUCUCAACGCAGAUACAAGCUAAUAUUAUCCAAUUACCCUCCAAUGAUGAAUGGUCUGUAGCAGCAGUUUUAGAUUUCGGACAAAGCAAACUGCUAUGCAUAAACUUAUACUUACCUACAUGUCGUCGGCAGGCACAAGCAGAACAACUAUGGAAAGAAGUGGAAGCCCACGUGGUGCAAUGGAGGAGACAACACCCGUCAGCCAUGAUAUUACUAGCUGGUGACCUAAACGCAAGAGUGGCCCCUAACGACAACGCCCUAUAUGCACAUUUUCACCAAUGGCCUCCAGAAAUGGAAAUUAUCCCACCCCUAAUGAUAAGAUCAUCCUACGAUAAGACAUGCAACAUUGGAGGACUACAUUUAGCACACAUGGCCUACAGACAGAAUCUACACUUACUGAAUGGGGCUAUACAAGGAGAUUAUCCUGGUCAAUACACAUAUUGGUCAGGACACAAACUGUCAACGAUAGAUUAUUGCAUUGUUUCCCAGGACCUGAUCCCUAGGAUAUCAAAAUUCACCAUUACAGCAAGAGCUGAAAGUGAUCAUCUACCUUUAUCCCUCGUGUGUGAUUUACCCUUUGAUCUGCCCAAACCACAACACAGAUAUCAACCAGAUCUAACACCGGGAACAGGCCUCAAGAAAAUCAGAUAG